AUGCAAAGUAGUAGUGCCAUGAGAUCACGACAACUGUGGCCUAUGAGUCAUUUCACAAAUCAACCACAGGACCACAUUCAGAAACCACAUUCAGAUACAACCAAACGGAAACUUAUCAUAACUGACACAUCAUAUACCAAUUCACAGAAACGAUUACUGGGAACCUACUUCCGAGUGGCGUUUGUGGGCAGCUUAUUCGAAGAUAUCGAUGGCGCUGAGUUCGUCUACAAGGAGCCAACCGUGACCACACUAGCCGAAGUGUCGCUACGACUGAAAGACUUCUACGGCGGAAAGUAUGGAGUAGAGAAGGUGCACCUGCUUCAGGAUUCAGGGCCGAUAAACCACGACACUCUGGAUCCCGAACUGGCCUAUAUCCAGGUGACGCAUGUGGAGCCCUUCUUCGAUGAGACCGAACGCAUGAACCGCAUCACAGCGUUUGAGCGAGUGGUCAAUGUCAAUCGAUUUGUCUUUGAGGCACCCUACACGCUGACGGGGAAGUCUCAUGGUACCGUUAAAGAGCAAUGCAAGCGAAAAACGAUCGUUACUACAGCCAAGCACUUCCCCUACGUACGCAGCCGAAUAGCCGUUGUAGCAAUCGAAACGAUCAACCUCACCCCUGUGGACGUUGCGAUAGAGGCCAUCAAGCGCAAGACCGAAGAGCUUAAUGCCGUGGUUAGCAGCAAGAACAUUAAAAUGCUUCAGCUGGUGCUUAGUGGCGCCGUUAGUGCUACGGUCAACGAAGGUCCGCUGGGCAUGGCGCAAGCUUUCAUUCCUAUAGGCGACCAUUCGUCGAUGGCGGAGAAGAAGCGUAAGAACAUUAAGUUGCUGCAAGAAGCCUUUGCGUUGUUCCUGCAAGCGUGCGGUCUGGCCGUGGACCUCAAUACACAGAUGUGUCUCGAAGACCAACAAGAAUAUGCCCAGAACUUGGAUGAAAAGUACACAGCCAUGCUGGCAGAUUUCCGGCCCUACCUGAAAGAGCAACAGAUGCCUAUAAUCCGCCGAAAGAUGGCGACGCUGCAUAAUAAUUCGCUCUCUGUCCGGACACUAUCCGCCAGUGCAACGAUAUCGACAAAUGGAUUAGUCUGAAGAAUGACGGAAGAGGAUUGUACUUAGACACAAUAAGACGCGACACGGGAACUGUUUCAAUUGUAUCUUUGCGGCAAUCAAAAAUAUAGAACAUAUUGUACGGACUCCGAUGGUAUUGAGAAGUGAUUGUUUUCUUUUAAAUAGAAAAUAGAUAUGAUUUACGAAACAGGAGUGAUCAGCUUCUCUCGUAGAAAAUCAACCGGACAAUUAAAUUGAUAAGACAUAAAUCUUAUCACAGAGCCUUGUGCAACAGCC